GUUUCUGCAUCAUCCAUGUUGUUGGCGAGAGCUGACGAAAAGAGAAAAAGGAAAAACCAGUCACUGCCUGGUUCGCUCGGCUCUUCCUUCCUAUUAACUAGUUUUUCUUGUGGUUUGUGAACUUUUUACAGGAAUUCUACACAAAAAAACUUCAAGAAACAGUUCAUCUGGUUCUCCGAUGUCUAAAUUAAACUCUCAUGGAGCGACGGGUUUACGGAACAUCAACCUGGAAGAGAUAUGGGCCGACUUGGAAGGUGGUAUAAAGCAGGUCUACAAACAGGAGCAUAGCCUAAGCCCCGCUCGUUACAUGCAGCUCUACACUCAUGUCUACAACUAUUGUACAAGCGUUCAUCAACAGCCGGCUAACCGGCAAACUUCGUCCAAGGUUUCUAAGAAGGGAACGGCUAUUCCUUCCGGUGGAGCUCAGCUUGUGGGACAGGAGUUGUACAAGCGAUUGAAGGAAUUUCUCGAAUGCUACCUGAUUAAGCUUCAGGAGAAUGGUAUCGAUCUUAUGGACGAGGAAGUACUAAGCUUCUACACGAAACGAUGGGAAGAAUACCAAUUCUCGAGCAAAGUAUUGAACGGCGUAUGUGCCUACCUCAAUCGACAUUGGGUGAAACGUGAGUGUGAGGAAGGUCGCAAGGAUGUUUAUGAGAUCUACCAACUCGCGCUUGUAACGUGGCGUGGAAAUUUGUUCAAACAGCUGAACAAGCAGGUUACCAACGCUGUCUUGAAGCUGAUCGAACGGGAACGCAAUGGCGAAACGAUCAACUCACGUUUGGUAUCCGGUGUGAUCAACUGCUAUGUCGAACUGGGACUUAACGAAGAGGAUCCCAAUGCCAAGGGACAGAAUCUAUCAGUGUACAAGGAAAGCUUCGAGAAUAUCUUCUUGGAAGAUACCGAAAUGUUUUACACCCGCGAAAGUGCGGAAUUCUUGAGAGAGAAUCCCGUCACUGAGUACAUGAAGCGUGUGGAACUGCGAUUGAACGAAGAACAGAAACGUGUGCAGGUGUACUUACAUGAGAGUACGCAGGACAGAUUGGCCAAAACGUGCGAACGUGUACUGAUUCAGAAACACUUGGAACAGUUCCGCACCGAGUUCCAGAACUUGCUUGACUCCGACAAAAAUUCUGAUCUGCGUCGCAUGUAUUCGCUUGUGGCACGCAUAGUAGAGGGACUGGUAGAAUUGAAAGCAAUCCUCGAAACUCACAUUCAUAAUCAAGGACUGGCUGCGAUUGCCAAGUGUGGCGAAGCUGCGUUAAAUGAUCCCAAAAUCUACGUCCAAACCAUUUUGGAAGUUCACAAGAAGUACAACGCUCUGGUACUUACGGCAUUCAACAAUGACAGCGGCUUUGUAGCUGCACUGGAUAAGGCAUGCGGUAAAUUCAUCAACACAAAUGCAGUUACUGAGGCAAGCAAGAGUGCUAGCAAAAGCCCAGAACUUUUGGCCAAGUACUGUGAUCUGUUGUUGAAGAAGUCCAGUAAGAAUCCAGAGGAAGCCGAACUAGAGGACACCCUGAAUCAAGUGAUGGUCGUUUUCAAAUACAUCGAGGAUAAGGACGUGUUCCAGAAGUUCUACAGUAAGAUGCUGGCCAAGCGUCUGUGUCAUCACAUGUCCGCUAGUGACGACGCUGAAGCGUCCAUGAUUUCCAAACUGAAGCAAGCCUGUGGCUUCGAGUAUACCAGCAAGCUACAGCGAAUGUUCCAAGAUAUUGGAGUUUCGAAGGAUCUCAACGAACAGUACCGACAACAUGUCAAGGGACUGCGGGACGCAUCUAGAUCUACAGGAAAUGAGAUCGACUUCAGUAUACUGGUUCUAUCCAGCGGUUCGUGGCCGUUCAAUCAGAGCUUUACGUUUUCUCUUCCAUUUGAGCUGGAACAAUCUGUUCAUCGAUUUAACAACUUCUAUGCAAAACAACAUUCCGGACGCAAGCUCAAUUGGCUGUACAAUAUGUGUCGUGGUGAACUGAUAACGAGCAGUUUUCGAAUGAGGUACACCCUGCAGGCUAGCACUUUCCAGAUGGCUGUUUUACUUCAAUUCAACGAACAAGAAUCGUGGACUGUUCAACAGUUAAGUGAGAAUACAGGCAUCAAUCACGAGAAUUUGGUUCAGGUACUGCAGAUUCUGCUUAAGACGAAACUCUUAACAUCUUACGACGACGAAGCCAACCUUCAGCCAGCUUCCACAGUUGAUCUGAACACAGGAUUCAAAAACAAAAAACUUCGAAUUAACAUCAACUUCCCAUUGAAAACGGAACUGAAGGUGGAGCAGGAAGCAACUCACAAACACAUUGAAGAGGAUCGUAAAAUUCUUAUACAGGCAGCUAUAGUCAGAAUUAUGAAAAUGCGUAAGGCUCUGAAUCACACCCACCUUGUUGGCGAAGUGCUGAAUCAACUUUCGACUCGUUUCAAGCCUAAGGUUCAGGUCAUCAAGAAAUGUAUCGAUAUCUUGAUCGAAAAGGAAUAUCUCGAGCGUCAGGAAGGACAGAAAGACACCUACAGCUACCUGGCUUGAUCAGUUGCUGGAAUACUCUUCGUAGCUAUCUAAACAAAUCCGUGGAAAAUAGUAUCGACCGUAGAAACAAAAUAAAUCUGUUAAAACACAAAAAGUAAAAA